AUGAAGAAUCAUACAGUGGUGACUGAGUUCAUCCUUCUAGGAAUUCCCCACACAGAAGGGAUGGAGAUUGAACUUUUCUUUGUGUUCUUAUCUUUCUACUUCUUUACCUUGCUGGGGAACCUGACCAUUCUGUUGGCCAUCAUUUCCUCCUCUCGUCUUCACACCCCCAUGUAUUUCUUCCUGUGCAAGUUGUCUAUUUUUGACAUAUUUUUCCCUUCAGUGAGUUCUCCUAAAAUGCUAUUUUUCCUUUCUGGGAACAGCCAUGCCAUCUCCUAUGGGGGCUGUGUAUGUCAACUCUUUUUCUAUCAUUUCCUUGGCUGCACCGAGUGUUUCCUAUACACUGUUAUGGCCUAUGACCGCUUUGUUGCCAUCUGUUACCCCUUGCGGUACACAGUCAUCAUGAGCCAUAAGGUAUGUGCCAUCUUGGCUAUGGGGACCUCAUUUUUUGGCUGUAUUCAAGCCACCUUUCUAACUGCUCUCACCUUCCAGUUGCCCUAUUGUGGACCCAAUAAGGUGGAAUAUUUCUUCUGUGAUAUCCCAGUGAUGUUGAAGCUAGCUUGUGCAGAUACCUCAGCCCUGGAGAUGGUGGGUUUCAUAAGUGUGGGCCUCAUGCCUUUCAGCUGCUUUCUCCUAAUCCUUACUUCUUAUAGCCGCAUCGUUUGCUCCAUAUUGAGAAUACGCUCAGCAGAGGGCCGACGGAGAGCCUUCUCCACUUGCAGUGCUCACCUCACAGCCAUCCUCCUAUUUUAUAUGCCUGUGGUCCUCAUCUACCUACAGCCUACCCCCAAUCCUUGGCUGAAUGCCACUGUUCAGAUUCUGAAUAAUUUGGUCACUCCCAUGCUGAAUCCUUUGAUCUAUAGUUUGAGGAACAAGGAGGUAAAAUCAUCCCUAAGGAAGGUGCUACAGCAGGUUGGGUUCCUUCCUGAGCAGUAA